CGGGACAUAGCUCUCACUGCUUGAGACUUAUCUGCUUUUCUCUAACCCAGUCCUCUCCUGUUCUCCAUCAUGGUGAGUCUGUGGCUCCGUGGAAGCUCCUGCAUGGCACAUCUGACAAUGAUGCUGAUGGCACUGAGCCUUCCCCUGGCUUUGACCAGGGACACCAGACCACGUUUCCUGGAGCAAGUUUCACACGAGUGUCAUUUCUCCAACGGGACGGAGCGGGUGCGGUUCCUGGAGAGAUACUUCUACAACCGGGAGGAGUACGCGCGCUUCGACAGCGAAGUGGGGGAGUACCGCGCGGUGAGCGAGCUGGGGCGGCCGGAUGCCAAGUACUGGAACAGCCAGAAGGACUUCCUGGAGCGGAAGCGGGGACAGGUGGACAACUACUGCCGACACAACUAUGGGGUUGGUGAGAGCUUCACUGUGGAGCGGAGAGAUGGCAGCCCCCAUGGUUGGCGCGAUGACAUCACAUUGCGCGACCACCUACUUCCUUAUUUUCGGCCCGGGGGAGGGCCGACCGGAACUUUUGUGUUCCGGUCAGGGGGAAAUGAUAACAAGAAGCGAAAUCUCCGGUCCCUAGAAACAUCUCUACUGGCAUUUCUAUAUCCUCCCUUUUGUUCCUUUCUGCCUGUUCAGUACAAAAAUCAGUCCAGGGCGCAGUCUGGAUCUGCACAGAGCAAGAUGCUGAGUGGAGUGGGCGGCUUUGUGCUGGGUUCGCUAUUUCUUGUGCUGGGGAUGUUCAUCUACUACAAGAAUCAGAAGGGACGCUCUGGACUUCAGCCAACAGGACUCCUGAGCUGARGAGAAGGUGACAACACUGAAGGAAGGACCCAUGUCCUACCUCCCCAGGUCAUGAAAAGGCUCCUGCUUGGCUCUCCUUCUUCCACAGAGACAGGGCUUUCUCAGGACUUGGUCACUCCUGGUUCAGUGACCCCACAGAACAUGUCCUCCCUGCUGGCCUCCUGAGCCCUUAGCCCUGACCUGGAAGCCCCAGUACAGACACCAGCUGGACCUUGCCUUCAUUCUCCGUGACUCCUUUGUCUUCAAACCUUCACACCUCCCAUGAAUCGCAAUCACUUUGUGCCACUUUACUUUAUUCCAUUUCUUUUCAAAUAAAUGUGGGGGUGAAAAUCCUCUGCU